AAGUAGGUUUAAAGCGCCACAGCAGGUUCUGUCUGCUCCUCUGUGCRGUGUCUGACUGGACCCGCGGGGGUUACCUAAUCUUUAGUUUUUUUGGCCACCUGCCCGGCGACACCUGGUAAACGAACCGGCCUCUUUGCGCAUGCGUAAUGGCCCGCCAAAAAUCCCAACCCCGWCUCUCCUGACAAGCAGUGGUGCUCCAUUCUGUCCAGAGAGCAGGUCAGAGGAGGGGGUGUCAGCAUGCCGAGGUCCUUCCUGGUGAAGAGUAAACGGGCCCACAGCUACCACCAGCCCCGCUGCCUGGACGAUGACUGCAGCAGGCUGGACGCUAUUCUGGCUCGCGUGUGCGCAGCGACCAGGUCUCAGGAGGAGGUCGUGUCCGGGUUGGAGCUGCAGGAGGAUGGGAGCGGCGGGGCUGAGCGCGGGUCCCCGGGGUCGCUGUCCUCCAGCUCCCCGCUGAGCUGCAGGGGCAGCGGGUGCGACCGGUCCUCGGACUGUGACUUCUGGAGACCACCGUCUCCAUCCUCCUCACCAGAUUCAGAGAACUGCCCCAACCCCUCCGCGGACUUCAGCAUCCCGCUCUUCUCUUACCCCUGGGCCGCAGCAUACUCCGGCRCGGAGCUCCGGCUGCUGGCUCAGCGCCACCUCCGGGACCACGGGGGGCCUCGCUCCCCCGCCGCGGAGGACGCCAGCGGGGAGCGUGUUUACGCGCAGCGGGACCUCGGGGCCGGGUGUUACCGGGACUUCUCCCACGCGGCCCGCAGACUCUGCAGGAUGCGGGACGGGGAGGAGCUCCAGCAGCCGGAGAUCAAGUGUGAGGAGGACCUGGACCUGGACCUGGACCUGUCCGCCCUGGAGCCGAACGGAUCCUACAAGUGCAUCAAGUGUUGUAAGGUGUUCUCCACUCCGCACGGCCUGGAGGUUCACGUGCGGCGCACGCACAGCGGCACGAGGCCGUUUGAGUGCGGGAUCUGCGGGAAAACCUUUGGACACGCAGUGAGCCUGGAUCAGCACCGAGCGGUCCACUCACAGGAGAGGAGCUUCAGCUGCAAAAUCUGCGGGAAAAGCUUCAAGCGGUCCUCCACGCUCUCCACGCACCUGCUCAUCCACUCAGACACCAGGCCUUACCCCUGCCAGUACUGCGGGAAGAGGUUCCACCAGAAGUCCGACAUGAAGAAGCACACCUUCAUCCACACAGGUGAGAAGCCACAUAAAUGUCAGGUGUGCGGGAAGGCGUUCAGUCAGAGCUCCAACCUGAUCACUCACAGCAGGAAGCACACAGGCUUUAAACCCUUCGGCUGUGACCUGUGUGGGAAAGGUUUCCAGAGGAAGGUGGACCUGAGGAGACACAAGGAGACGCAGCACGGACUGAAAUGAGCCGAAUUCUCCUCCCGCUCACUCUGAGCUCCUCAGGUCAUGGGUUGGUUUGCUGUUCUGACCUGAUGUUUUCUUAUUUAACUUCACAUUUUUAUUUAUCAUUUGUCUUUUCAAUGUUAUUAUUGGUAAAAAGAGAAACCAAACAUUAUAUUUCCAAAGCUAAAUAUUUUAAUCAGCUGUUAAUAUUCAACCUGUUUUAUAGUGAUGGAUUAAAAAUGAACUUAAAGAA